AAGGCUCCUCCCUCCCGGUGAAAGGCAGACUGCGGGGCGCCUGGAAACCGGUCGGAGGGAGCGCGGCGCGGCGAGGGGCGCGGGCUCGAGGGGCCGGCACAAAUGGUCAGGCGGCGGCGGCGGCGACGGAGGCGGCGGUAGUCGGAGGCGCGGCGGGCGCUGCCGCCGGUGCGGGCAGAGCUGCGCGCCGCGGCCGCGCGAGUGGCGGCCGGGGCUGCCCCGUCCCUGCCCGCCGCUCCCUUCAUGAGUCGCAAGUUCGGGCCGGGAGGAGCAGCGACAGCGGCGGGGAGACGGGAGCCCGGCUGGGCAGGCGGCACCGACUGAGCAUGGCUGAGCGGCGCGGGCCGGCGGCGAGCGGCGGCGGGGAAGUUGACGGCGGACGGCGGGCGGGCGGCGGCGGCCGGUGCCCGCGGCCGCCGCCGCCGCUGCUGCUGCUGCUGCUGCUGCUGUGGGCGGCGGCGCUGCCGGCCGGGGGCCAGCCGCCGGCACCGCAGUACAACGGCGAGCGGGGCAUCUCCAUCCCGGACCACGGCUACUGCCAGCCCAUCUCCAUCCCGCUCUGCACCGACAUCGCCUACAACCAGACCAUCAUGCCCAACCUGCUGGGCCACACCAACCAGGAGGACGCGGGGCUGGAGGUGCACCAGUUCUACCCGCUGGUGAAGGUGCAGUGCUCGGCCGAGCUCAAGUUCUUUCUCUGCUCCAUGUACGCCCCGGUGUGCACCGUGCUGGAGCAGGCCCUGCCGCCGUGCCGCUCCCUCUGCGAGCGGGCCCGCCAGGGCUGCGAGGCCCUCAUGAACAAGUUCGGCUUCCAGUGGCCCGACACGCUGCGCUGCGAGAAGUUCCCGGUGCACGGGGCCGGCGAGCUCUGCGUGGGCCAAAACGCCUCCGAGCGCGGCACCCCCACGCCCGCCCUGCGCCCCGAGAGUUGGACCAGCAACCCCCACCGCGGGGGCUCCGGCGGCGGCUCUGGGGGCUCGGGACCCGGUGAGUCCCGCGGGCGCUUCUCCUGCCCGCGGGCGCUGAAGGUGCCCUCCUACCUGAACUACCGCUUCCUGGGGGAGAAGGACUGCGGGGCGCCCUGCGAGCCCGGCCGACUCUACGGGCUCAUGUACUUCGGGCCCGAGGAGCUGCGCUUCUCCCGCACCUGGAUCGGCAUCUGGUCGGUGCUCUGCUGCGCCUCCACCCUCUUCACCGUCCUCACCUACCUGGUGGACAUGAAGCGGUUCAGCUACCCCGAGCGGCCCAUCAUCUUCCUCUCGGGCUGCUACACGGCUGUGGCCGUGGCCUACAUCGCCGGCUUCCUCCUGGAGGAGAGGGUGGUCUGCAACGAGCGCUUCUCUGAGGACGGUUCCCGCACUGUGGCGCAGGGCACGAAACGGGAGGGGUGCACCAUCCUCUUCAUGAUGCUCUACUUCUUCGGCAUGGCCAGCUCCAUCUGGUGGGUCAUCCUCUCCCUCACCUGGUUCCUGGCUGCCGGCAUGAAGUGGGGCCAUGAGGCCAUUGAGGCCAACUCCCAGUACUUCCACCUGGCCGCCUGGGCCGUUCCGGCCAUCAAGACCAUCACCAUCCUGGCCCUGGGGCAGGUGGACGGGGACGUCCUCAGCGGUGUCUGCUUUGUGGGCAUCAACAAUGUGGAUGCCCUGCGGGGCUUUGUGCUGGCCCCCUUGUUCGUGUACCUGUUCAUCGGCACCUCCUUCCUGCUGGCCGGCUUUGUGUCCCUCUUCAGGAUCCGGACCAUCAUGAAGCACGAUGGAACCAAGACGGAAAAGCUAGAGAAGCUCAUGGUGAGGAUAGGCAUCUUCAGCGUCCUCUACACGGUUCCGGCCACCAUCGUCAUUGCCUGCUAUUUUUAUGAGCAAGCUUUUAGGGAACAGUGGGAGAGGAGCUGGGUCACGCAGAGCUGUAAGAGCUACGCCAUCCCCUGCCCCAACAACCACAGCAGCCACCACCCGCCCAUGAGCCCCGACUUCACCGUCUUCAUGAUCAAGUAUCUUAUGACCUUAAUCGUGGGCAUCACCUCGGGCUUCUGGAUCUGGUCUGGGAAAACCCUGAACUCCUGGAGAAAGUUCUACACCAGGCUCACUAACAGCAAGCAGGGUGAGACCACCGUCUGAGACCCCCAUCUGCUGGGUCAGGGGGACAGUGGGCAGCCGGAGGACCGGGGCACUGCCUUGCCAAGCAGCUCCUUAUCCAGCCUGGGCAAACUUUGGGGACCACGAGUCGCUUCCGCAGGCGGCAGGGAGCAGAGAACGAGCCAGAUGGGGACCCCCGCUCCCGGGUCUGCCCGGCUCUGCCCUACCUGCUCCUCCCGGGCUGUCUCCUGUAGGAACUGAACACAUUGGCAGGUUGGGGGAGAGGGAUGUAAAUAGCCUCUGUAAGAUUUUGUAAGUAUAUUUGUAUUUAAAUUACAAAAAAAAAAUCUCACUUUUUUAAUUAUUUAGGACACUUUUAACCCGUUUGCGGAUUUUGCUUUCUCGCCCCCCCUUUUUUUUUAAUUUAAAAACAAAAAGAAAAAAAGAGGCGUUGGAUUUUUAUUUUGUAGGGCAGGAUGGGAAAAGCUGCCGGUAAGAGUAACCAAAACAAACCCCUUUCUUCUCCCCCACGAGGUUUUGCAUUGGCUUUGCUUGUGCUUUCAGCUGCAUGAGCCGCGGGGCCCGGAGCGAGGCUGCUGCCGCUGCCGGGGGCGCCUCCCGGGGCGGGCUGGGCCGCGGGCCCGGCUGGGUGUGCGGCGGGGGAGGUGGGGUUGGCUUGGGGAGGAGCGGCGCUUCCCGCCGCGGCCCCGGCCCGUGUGGGGGCAGACCUCGCUGUCCCCGCACGGAGCGGAAAGGCAGCCGCCCGGGCAUGGCACGGGGUCGGUGCUUCGCCUCGGCCAGCCACAGCGGAGCCCAGUGCCGCUGAGCCAGGCGGGAUCCGCCGGGCCCUUUUUGGGGGGUAGAGACAACAUCCAGCCCUACCCGGCCUUUUGUGGAGGACGACCCUCCCCGCAGUGCCCGGGGCUGGGCUGCCGGCUGCCCUCUUCGCGUCUUGUACAACUUAUUUAAGCGUAGUUCAAGGGGAGCUGGCCUGUUGUGUUGUAGGAGUUGAGGUUCCACAGCGACUGCACCUGUAGCACGUCCGAUGGCUGAGGAGGUGCGUGGGGACACGGAUGGGCCGACCUUCCCGCCUGGUGUGUGUGCUGGAGCCCCUGCCCGGUGGCGGGAGCGGGGUCGCCGCCCGGGGCGCCCCGCAGGGACUGCGCUGCCGCCGGCCCGCUCCCGCCCGCCGGGCUGCGCUGCCUGCGCUCGGCCGGAGCAGGAAAUACGGGAUCAGGAGCAAAAGCUUCGUCGGAAUGUUUUUAUUUUUUCCUUCUUAAUUAUAUCGACAAGCUGGCUCUGCAUUUGUGAAACAUUGGAGCCAUUGCCAUUCCCCUGAAUUUUAAUUCAUUGAUGUUUUAGUUCAUUACACAUCAUGAGGGUGUGAUGACUUUUGCUAGUAGUAAAAGCAAAGAAAGGGAAAGCAGAAAACCAGAAUGUUUAAGCGCUCUGGUGUGAUGUGAACCCAUAAAGAGCCUCUCGUGUCUUCCCCCCUCCCUUUUUUUUUUUUUCAGUACAGUAAUAACGUUUCAUACUGCAAAGAAAAGAUACCAUGUGUGCAGUAUAUCUACUACCUUGUAUGCUCCUGGGUUGUGUGGGAUUGUGCUUAAUAAAUAAAAAAAGAGGUUAAAAAUGAAACUGUAACUUUCAACAGAUGCAUUUGAAUAUUUAGUCCUCUGUAUGAAAACCAGCAGAAUGCAUUUCCUCUGAUUGUAUUGUUUUAAACUUUUUUAUAUUACAAAUGCCUGUAUUUAGGUUCGUAAACAUUAUCUAUGGCUACCAUACCCUGAAAUGCAAAAUUAUUUGAAUUUGGUAUGCAUUUAUUUCUGUUCAUUAUCACAAGAUCAUCUAUAUUUAUAGAGGAAUAGAAAUUUAUAUAUAUUAAAUACCAUAUUUUUAAUUUCUCUGAAAUAAAUUGAGGUUUUGUACAAAA